AUGCUUCGCGCUGCCUUCACUGGUGUUGUCUCUCGCUCGGCCGUUCGCUCGACCGCUCCCGUCGCCCGUCGUGCCACCAUGGUCAUGGGUGCCCGCAUGUAUUCGGCUGGUCACGAAGACGAGAGCUUUGAAUCGUAUACUGAACGUUAUGUCAAGUUCUUUGAUGGUGUCGAGGAUCUCUUUGAGUUGCAGCGUGGUCUUAACAACGCCUUCGCUUAUGAUCUUGUGCCCGCACCCUCUGUUGUCGAGUCGGCCCUGAGAGCCUCGCGCCGUGUCAACGACUAUGCUACGGCUGUCCGUAUCUUUGAAGGUGUCAAGGAAAAGACUGAAAACGAGGACCAGUACAAGCAAUACUUGGACGAGUUGGCUCCCGUUAGAGAGGAAUUGGGCGUUGCUACCAAGGAAGAAUUGAACUUGUAA